UUUGAACAAAAUAAAUCCAACGAACGAUAGAAGUAUCAAGAUGAAGCUUUGUUGUCCUGAUGUAGAGAAUUUUAUUUACUAAUUGAAAGUUGCUGAUAAGCCUCUAGUACGAGCUAUUUAUCAGAAUUGGGGCCUAAAUUCUUGGGUCUUCUGUCAUUGGUUCUUGCUUUCCUGUUGUAGUCUUCAUUUGACUAUUUUGAUGGUCUUUCUCUUGUUGGUUUCAUUUUUGUUUUUUGGGAUCAACUUGUUCCUGUUUGUCUUCUUCACCUACUGCUUUCCAUUGGAGCGGGCCUUUCAUGUUAGUUUUGGACAAAAGAAAUCCCAAUUACCCCAAUCAGAAUCCAUAAUGGAAGAAUUUCAUGAAAAAUAAAUGUCUGGAUAAAAUAAGUCACAUAUACCUCUAGCUGAAAUAUUCUUGGUGAACAUAGCAUAAAGAAACAAAACAGGCAUUAAAAGAAAAUCUCGAUAGCUAUCGAGGCAUACCAAGUCUGCACCAUCUUCAAGUAGAGAAAAUAAGGAUAACUGUACUGCAUAUUCAUCUAUAAAUAGUCCUUGUAUGCCAAGUAAAAUUCCUCAUCCCCUCCUCGAGCAAAUAGCAAAUAAGUACUAGAAGUAUAGAGCAAAGCGAUCCGAAAUGAAAGGAGUGAACCAUUUCCUCGUAGUUUUUGCUUUCCUGGCUUUGGCUUCCACAUUAGCCUCAGCCUCUGACCCUAGCUCUCUCAUGGAUUUCUGCGUAGCCCUCAAUGGCCCCAAGAAUGCCGUAUUUGUAAAUGGGAAGUUCUGCAAGGACCCAAAGCUUGCCACAGCAGAUGACUUCUUCUUUUCAGGGCUUGAUAAAGCAGGAAACACAUCAAAUGCAGUGGGAUCAAAAGUCACUCCUGUCAAUGCUGACCAAAUACCCGGACUUAACACACUUGGCAUAUCCCUGGUUCGAAUUGAUUAUGCACCUUAUGGUGGACUAAACCCUCCUCACUAUCACCCUCGUGGCACGGAGAUCCUAGUUGUGAUAAAGGGUGAACUUUAUGUUGGCUUUGUGACAUCCAACCCAGAUAAUCGUUUCUUCACCAAAGUCCUGAAGACAGGGGAUGUGUUUGUUUUCCCAGUUGGUCUCAUUCACUUCCAGUUAAAUAUAGGGAAAACUGAUGCCAUCGCUUUCGCUGCUCUCAGCAGCCAAAAUCCUGGUGUUAUCACUAUUGCAAAUGCAGUCUUUGGCUCUAACCCACCUAUCAAUCCUGAUGUUCUUACCAAAGCCUUCAAACUGGAAAAGAAAGUGGUGGAAUAUCUUCAGACACAGUUCUGA